AUGGAGGAAAGCUGGGAAAUGCUUAGCAAUAUUUGCCGAGAGUUGGAAGGAAAAUUUGUGGACUAUUUUGAAAGAAGCACCGGGCGGUUCAUGUUUCUCGUUGGGAUUUCCAUGCCCAGCCUGCCACCUCGGCCUGAUGUAGACCAUUACUUGGCCUUGUCGGAUAGCCACGCGGGGGCUGAGUUGUACAGAGUGUCUGAGGAUCGCACUCCUAGAAAAGGACUCGCGGUUACAGAGUGGGUGCCUCAAUUGCACAUUCUAAACCAUUCUUCAACUGGAGGUUUUCUUUCACAUUGUGCAUGGAAAUCUGUGACAGAAGGCCUGAGGCUAAUUGCUGAUGAAUUGAAGAAGGGAGUGGAGGUUAAAAGAAAUGAGGAGGAUGGUUCUUUCACUAAGGACGACAUAGCUAAAGUUGUCAGAGCUGUGAUUGUGGAGGAAGAAGGCAAACGGAUUAAAUCCAAUGUCGAGGAAAUUAGCAGGGUGCUGACCAAUAACGAUUGCCAAGUUGAUUGUUUAGGAAGUUAUAAUGGACAGGCUUUAUAA